AUGUUCAACCUGCUGUGGAACAAGCCUAAGCCAGAACGUUUCAGUCUCGAGAACCUAAAGUCGCUUUGCGCGCAACUACAACAGUUUCCAGGAGAUGCGAACGAAGAGAGUAUCGUCAGCUGUCUAAAGGAGCUGACUCAGCUCUUGAUCUGGGGGGAUCAGCACGAUCCUUCGCUACUUGAGCAUUUUUUCGAGCAGAAUGUUCACUGGCACUUUCUCAAGAUUCUUCAAAGCAAGGAUGAUGGAACACUUAUUGUACAAGUCCUCCAGACUCUCAAUAUCAUGUUUGAAAACGUCCGGUCAAGGCAAUCACUCUAUUUCUUACUGUCCAACAACUAUGUCAAUCAGGUCAUUGGACUCCGAUACGACUUUUCAAACGACGAGAUCCUCGCCUACUACAUCUAUCUCCUCCGGACCCUCUCAUUCAAGCUAUCGAAGGACACCAUCUACUUCUUCUUCAACGAGCAUCUGGACGACUUUCCACUCUAUUCGGAAGCCAUCAAGUUUUUCAACCACGAGGAGUCAAUGGUCAGGAUUGCGGUCCGUGUGAUCACGCUUAACGUGUACAGCGUCAACGAUCGACAGAUGCAAGAUUUCAUUCUGGACCGUACAACGACAACCUAUUUCUCCAAUCUCGUCUGGUUCAUUGGCAACUAUGGAACCACAGUGAACGAUAUGCUUCUGCAUCCAGGGGAGGGCGAGUUUUCAAGGAUGAACUACUAUCUUGCGGAGCACAUGGAUUGUUUCUACUAUGUGAACGACAUUAUCGAGCUGGAAGUGCCCAAGAUUAACAAGAUCUUGAUCUCGCACCUUUUGAACCGACUUUUGCGGCCCAUGUAUCUGGACAGUUUACACCCUUCAACCAGUUCCAACUCCAAUGGAAACAAGAGCUCAACAAGUGCCAAGUUGACGCCACUCGUUGCCAUGUCGCUUAUGCUUCACGCCUUCCACGUUCUUAAGCAUGCCCCUCUCGUCUCGGCGCUGACAUCGACUCUCUUUUCCAGCCAACAUUAUACCACGUACUCGCAUGGCACACCCCCCCCUAAUCUGCGCCACUCGCCAACGCCUCUUGCUCUUGGAAACUUGACGAUAUCUCCGGACUCUAGUCGACCUUCUAGUCCUGUCACCUCUAAAUUUCAGUCAUUCGGGUUGUUGGGAACGAGUCCAGCCGGCUUUGAGUCAUUCAUGCCAUCACUCAGUGCACCAACGGCACGCUUCAACCAUCAACACUCCUUGGCACCAUCGCACGCGUCAGGAGCAACUCAGCAGCAGAACCCCUUCAAAGCUGCCAUCUAUGGGUACCUGAGUCAAGUAGACUCUGACCGCUUGGUUCUUCCGGCGCUGUUGCUUGUUUACCUUACAGGACGCAACCCAGGUGUCAUGCCCGACGUGCUUUUGGGUACUGACAUCUACCCACAACGGCUACUCAAGAGCAAGAUGCUGAUGGGCAACCUUAUGUCGUCUUCAUCUCCACCUGUACGGACCCAACCUGGAGCAACACCUAUGUCGCGGGACCGAUCGUCGGAUUCAAUCUUGAGCACAAAUAGCACUGGCGUCGCUUCAUCUGUCGUGUGGACGACACCUCCGCCGGGUCUGGGCAUUUCGUCAUCUAUUACCGGCAGUCUUUUUGGAGCAGCGGGAUCAGCGGCGAGAAUGAGAACCAGGACCGAGUCGCCAUUGUUUGAGACGGACGAGGCCGAUGAAGAAUCCCGAGAGACAGAGGAGCUGUUGGCAUGCGCUGACAGUCAGUUGGCUGAACCCCCAGCUUCUUCCCCGAAUCGUCGGCGAACUGGGACAGGACCACUGUCAACCAGUCUGCCGUCCUCAAGCAACAUGUCGUCGCUCAUGUCCAGGAACCUCUCUACGGAUGUUGACUCGCAGAGUAAGCGUAAACCGAGAUCGGGUGGGCGCAGGAGCAACAGCAAGCCUUCUUCGUUGUUGGGACCCGUUUUGUCUUCAGGAUCAGAUGCGCCUCCGAGCAUGAGGCACUUGGAUGCCCCAGCGAUGGUACAGGAGCUCAAACCGGUAUUUACGUCCAAGGAAGACCGUGAAGGCGCCUCUAUGUAUCCUUCCACGGACGAGGAAGGCGAGGGCAAAUCGUCGCGACAGGCCAUUACGAGUGGAACCAAAAACCUUGAGCAGGACUCGGUCGAACCACCCCCUCUCCCACCACGACCUUCAGUAGAGCAACAGCAGGAUGAGAAUGCUUCUAUUCAGGAAUCGGUCUCGACCCAGGUGGCUCCGAUUAUUCAAAAUCGCGAGGAAUUGAUGGAUCGUCUCGUCGACAUUAUCUGCGGGCAGCCUGAAUCGGGAGCUCACCGGUUCCGUGUCCUUACCAUCCAGGUGGCGGCAGAACUGUUGAUCGAGUUUGUAUAUACCAAAGGAGGCGCAGGAAAGGAGACCGCGGCAGCGCAGGCAGCUCAGCAAGCGGCAGCAGAGAGUCAGUUGGGCGAAGCACGUCUGUACAGGCUGGCCCUGGCAGAGGUGCAGACCCGAGAUCGUGUUCAGAAAGGCAUUAGAGCAUUAGAAAAGAAGAAGAAGAGUAAUGGGGGCGGCGCAGCUGGGCAGGCAGGAGCGCAGGAUCAGCCUCUGGGAAUGUUGACAGGACGCGUCGAGCGAUCGUUGACUGAGUCUAAACUGGGCAUGGACAAGCAGGUCGUGAAUGUCAUUGCAGAGUCAUCGGUGAUCUAUGGGCCAGACAGAGACUUGGAAAACGAGCUUGAUUUGAAUCCCGAUCCGGAACUUGUUAAGCUGUUUGAUCUGGAUCCAGAGUUCACAAGCAUGAGCCCUGAUAAGCUGUCAAUGGGCGACGACGACAAGACGCUGAAGGGAUCGAUAGACCUGCCUCCGACGAGCAACAACUCAUCUGGAUCCAGCACCAAUGAAGGAAGGCGGGCGAGAAUGAAGAGCAAGAUCAAGUCCAAGAUGCAAGGUCCGACAGCUGUAAACUCUCACCAGCAACCAUCCCCUUCACCUCACCCUCAUCGACCCUCCCCCACGGCAUUGAGCCGACUAGAGGCCAUGGUCGUUCGGUAUAUCAAGUGGCUUCACAUCUUGAUCCAGUGUCGCCAGCUCUUGUGUCGGAACCCUGCUGCUGCGACUGCAGCGAUUUCUGCGAGUUUUAGUCAAGAUUCACUCUCGGUAACCUCGACCGUCUCGGGAACUUUGGCUGGAGCAGUCGUUCAAGCUGGCGCCACCAAAUCGGACUCGCCGACGAUUUCUAUUACUGAAAGUACCACCGCACCUGGAACAUUGGAUCGUCGACCAAGCGACUUUUUGGGCACCGGGAAUAUCUCGACUGGCAACUUAAGUGGUGCUUCGACUCCCGCCAAGGCACCCGCAACAACUGCAACGACAACAUCUACAACCGCCAUGGCCGUUGGUCCUGAUGCGAGUGGUUUGGGAGCUAAAUUGGUAGUAGCAGCAGGAGGACUUUUGCCUGUUGGCUCUUCGUUGACCUCCUCACCUUCGACACAAGCCAACUCGACGGUUUCUUCGGCAUCGUCGUCGACAUCGUCCCUCUCAUCCAUGUCGUCCUCCUCUGCGGCGCAGGCGAUGCUCUCUCAGCCUGCAACCGGAACUGCGUCAGGACGGAUCAUUGGGUCGCGGACUCUUUUGACAGCGACGGCGGCGUUGGAAGCAGCGGCGCACACGAACCAACAACAGCAACAACAACAUAAUCUCGCGUCUACAGGAGGAUCGCAUCCGUUCAUGAACGAGAUGAAUGAGAUGCUUUCGACCCAUCUGGAUCCGCUUAGCAUUAGUGUUAGUGAGGUCAUCCGGAAGAGUAGCGCCAAGAUCAAGAAGUCGGUCGUCGAUCCCCUGGCGGCCAAUCCGUUGUUCAGGUCUGUGUCGAAUGCUUCUUCUUCCUUGGCCGUUGGCCUUGGUGGUGGUGGUAGUAAUGAGGAAAGAGCUUCCGGCGGAGGAGGAGGAGGACGUGGUGCGUCGGCGGUCUCUUCGGCAGCGUCUUCUAUGAGGUCUGUCAAGUCUAGGUCGAGCGCUGUUCUUCCUGUGGGUAUGGAGCGGACCGUCUCGGCGGCGUCGAGCGCUUCGAUAUCUGCGGCGUCUGUGGUCGGCGGAGGAGAUGAUACUGAUGUGGCGAAGGCUGAGGACACGGAGACGGAGAAGGAGGCUGUAGCGGCGGCGGCAGUGGUGGUGGAGACCGUGAGUAUUUUGGACCCGAGUCAUCCAGCCCACCAGUCGGACGAGCAGGUGAUCAAGAUCUUGGAGACACUUGGUCUGAAAUCUGUAGCUGCUUCAGAAGUCUCUAUCGAACACGGCCCUACCUCCAGCAGAGCUGCGUCCAUCAUCUCUUCAUAA